AUGAAUUCCUACUUCAGCAACGCGUCCCUGCCGUGCCACCUCGGCGGCGGCCAGGACGUGCUGCCCAACGUGGCCGCGCUCAACUCCAGCUACGACCCCGUGCGGCAUUUCGGCGGCUACGGCGCGGCCGUGGCGCAGAACCGGAUUUACUCGUCGCCCUUUUACUCGCCCCAGGACAACCCGGUGGUGUUCGGCUCGGGCCGCUCGCCCUACGAGUACGGCUCCAACGCCUUCUACCAGGACAAGGAGGUGCUGAGCAGCUGCCGGCAGAGCUCGGUCGGGGCGCACGGCACCCCCAACUCCAUCGCGCAGGAUUUCCCCAGCGAGCAGAGCCGCGGCGCGGCUCAGGAGCAGAAAUCCGGCAUCCAGAUCUACCCCUGGAUGCAGCGCAUGAACUCGCACAGUGGAGUCGGCUACGGGGCCGACCGCCGGCGGGGCCGCCAGAUUUAUUCGCGGUACCAGACGCUGGAGCUGGAGAAGGAAUUCCACUUCAACCGCUACCUGACCCGGCGGCGCCGCAUCGAGAUCGCCAACGCGCUGUGCCUGACCGAGCGCCAGAUCAAGAUCUGGUUCCAGAACCGCCGCAUGAAGUGGAAAAAAGAGACAAACCUCAGCUCCACGCUGGCCGGAGCCGCGGAGGAGGAGGAGGAGGAGGAGGAGGAGGAGGAGGAGGAGGAGGAGGAGGAGGAGGAGGAGGAGGAGGAGGAGGAGGAGGAGGAGGAGGGGGAGCGGCGGCCGCCGACAGCUUGGCCAAGGAGGAGAAGCGCGAUGAGACAGAGGAGGAGAAGAAGGAGUGAUGGAUUUUUUUUUUUUUUUCGCCCCCCUUUCCCUCCCUUCUCAUCCCUUUUCUUCCCCCUUUUUGUCCUUCCUGGUAUUUAUCGUUGGAGAAAAAAAAAAAAUAAUAAUUAAAAAUUAUGUUGAAAAAAGUGUUGGCGGGGAGGGGGAAAUAGUGGGGGAAAUGGAAAAUAAAUUAAAAAUAAAUGAAAUAAAAGGGCGAGGCGGGGUGAGAGUGGAGGGAGGAAGAGAAGUGAAAAAGAGGGAGGAAAGUGGGGAAAAUUAAAAAUAAAUGAAAUAAAAGGGCGAGGCGGGGUGAGGGUGGGGUGAGGGAGAGAAAUGAAAAAGAGGGAGAAAGUGGGGAAAAUUAAAAAUAAAUAAAAUAAAAGGGCGAGGCGGGGUGAGGGUGGGGUGAGGGAGAGAAAUGAAAAAGAGGGGGAAAAGCGGAGGAGUGAAAAAGUGAAAUUGAAGCGGAGGAGUGAACGUGGAGGAGCGAAAAAGGGGAAUUAAAAAGUGGGAAAGUGGGAAAAAGUGAGGGGGAGAAAAAAGUUUAGGAAUUAAAAAAGCGGAGGAAUGAAAAAGUGGAAAAAAUUAAAAAGUGAAAAAAUAAAAAAAAAAAGUGGAGGAGUGAAUGCGGAGGAAUGAAUGUGGAGAAUUUAAUUAAUUAAUGCGGAGAAAUGAGUGAAUGAGUGAGGAGGAAUUAAUUAAUUAAUUAAUUAAUUAAUGCGAGAGCUCCUCAAACCCACGGAUCCCCCCCAAAAAUCUCCCCCCUCGCCCCCCUCAUCCCGGCCGCACCCCCCGCUCCGUCCUCCCCCCACCCCAAAAAUCGGGAAAAUCGGGCAAAAAACUGGGCAAAAAUUGGGGCAAAACCGGGCGGAAUUGGGGGCGACCCCGCCCCCCGCUUGUCCCCCCCAAACCUCAGCCAUUCCCGGUGGGAAAAAAUCAGAUUUUCCUCGCGGAAAUGCCAUAAAAAAAGCGCUUUUUCGGCCCGAAAUCGCCUUUUUUCCUCCUCGUAUUUAAGCAGCUACCUGGGCUCAUCACCGCAUCCACAAACUGUGACGGUUUCUGUGUGAAUAUUUUUCUCUGUGUUCGUGGUUCCUGUAUUUAUAUUUAUGUUUAGCGCUGUAAUGUGCGAAAAAAAGGAAAAAAAAUUAAAAAGCUAAAAAAAAAAAAGUGAAUGGAGUUCAUAGAGGUAGAGAGAGAAAAGAAAAAGAAUAAUAAAAAUCUAAAAAAAAGAAAAAAAAAAGCGGCGAAAAAUGUUCAAAAAAUAAAUGAAAUUGAAAAAUCUUGUGUUACACCCUCUCAUGUAUAAAGCCCCGAGUCCGGCCUGGACUUUCUGUCGAGUAUUUAAUGAAAUAAAAUCGGAAUAUUAUUUUUGAAAGUUGCCCCAGCGGCCUCUGAGCUUCAGUGGGAACCUUGUGCUGGAAAAUUCGUUUUUUAUUUCGUCUUUCCUCCCCAAAAAUCGCCUCCCCCCCUCCCUGGUCUCGUCUUUUCCUCCCUCCUGCGCCUCCCCCCCCCCAAAAAAAUGGAAAAAUGGGAAAAAAAUAAAGAGGAGGAGGGAAAUAAGGAUGAAAAAGGGGGAAAAAAGACAUUUUUUGCUUUGUCUCCUUGGGCGAGUCUCGUGUAAUUGUCCGGCGGCAGCGGGAAUUUCAAUUUCCACGAUUAAAAAAAGAAAUGUGGAUUUCCAAAGUUCCCCCAUUCCUUAUUUCCCCUCCUUUUUUUCUCUUCCUCCCCCGGGGGUGAAAAGUUCGGCUUCUCUUUUAUUAUUUAUGAUUUAUUGGUGAUUUAUUGGUGAUUUAUUGGUGAUGGAUGUGGGCUUUAUUAAUUAAUUAAUGAUUUUUGUGGGUUUGUUUUGCGCCCGGAGCUUUCCCCCACCCCUUUUCCCUCGAUUUCAUCCCAAUAAAAACCUCUCCAGGGAAUGGGGGGAGGGGGAAAAUGCCAUUUUUUAUCUUUUUUUAGCAUUUUUUAGCAUUUUUUAUCCGGAGCCUCACCCUCGAGGAGAUCGGAAAUUGUGGAUUUAACAGCGGGAAGUGAAACGGGGGGCGAAAUAAGGGAUAAAAAGCUGAUUUUUCCUCCUUUUUUGGUCGUAUUUCCGAGAUUUUCUGGGAAUUCCGGGGGUCACGGAGUGAGAAAUCCCUGGGAAAAAAUAAAAAUAAAUAAAUAAGAUUUAUCUUUUGAAGGAAACAGCGAGGAUUUGGCGGUGAAGUGACUCAAAGCAGGGGGGGGAAAAGGCACGAAAAGAGGAAAUAAUGGUAAAAAAAGAGGAAAUUGUUGGUUUUUAAAGGGAAAUUAUCGUAACAAAUGGAAAUAAUCAUUAAAAAGGGAAAAUAAUCGUAAAAGAAGGGGAAAUGAUCGUUAAAAAAGGGAAAUAAUCGUAAAACAAAGGAAAAUAAUCAUAAAAAAAGGGAAAUAAUCCUAAUAAAAGGAGCCUGAGGAGGUUUUUCUUCCCCUCCCACCCUUUGCUUCUCUCCAGGAUGGAAUUUAUGCAAAAAAAGACAAAAAAAGACACCAAAAAAACAAAAAAAAUGAGGAAAAAGCAAAAAAAAAGCGCCAGGAAGGAGCGGCAGGAGGGGUCGGAAAUUCCGAUUUUUCCCAGGAUUUUCUCCCCCCCCCGCGCCUUUGAGGAGGAGCCGGAGGCAAUAAAUUGUGGGGAAAGAGAAAAGGAGAGAAAAAAAAAGAUAAAAAAAACCCGAGGAAAGGCGAGAAGGGAAUAAAUAAAUAAAUUAAAAUUUAAAAAAAUUCAAGGAAUGUAAACUUGGGAGCGGCUCAAAAAUAUCCCGGAAUGGCCAGGGGAAAAUGAGGUUUUAUUUCAUUUAUUUUAAUUUUUGGGUGGUUUUUAUUCAGGGAGGAAAAGGUUGGGAAGAGGGGGUGGCAGGAAAGAGGAAAAAUGGGGAAAAAGGGGAAAAAAAGGGGGAAAAGGGAGGAAAAAGGGGAGAAAAGAGAAAUAAAAUGGGGGGAAAGGGAAAGGAAAAGGAGGAAAAGAGAAAAAAUAAAAUAAGGAAAGAAAAGGUAAUAAGGGAAAAUAAAGAAAAAAAAAGAAAAAAUUUAAAAGGGGAAAAGAGAAGAAAAAGGAAAUAAAGAGAAAAAAAAGAAAAACCUUUGAAAAUAAAAGAAAAAAAAAAGGAAAAGGGGGAAAAUACACAACUUUAAUUCAAAUUAUUUCGCUAUUUAAAACAACCCCGCGCAGAGAA